AUUUCCUGCUCAACGAAAUUCUUCGUUAAGUGUUUGCGACAGGGAAGUAGAAAGGACAUUUUGUUAUCGUUUACAAAUCGUAGCGAAGAUAUGGCUCGUACUAAACAAACUGCUCGUAAGUCAACUGGUGGAAAGGCUCCAAGAAAACAACUGGCGACAAAAGCAGCACGUAAAAGUGCUCCAUCAACAGGCGGUGUGAAAAAACCUCAUAGAUACAGGCCCGGUACUGUUGCUCUUCGUGAAAUUCGUCGUUAUCAGAAGUCGACAGAAUUGCUUAUACGAAAAUUGCCUUUCCAGCGUUUAGUUCGUGAAAUUGCCCAAGAUUUCAAGACAGAUUUACGUUUUCAGAGCGCUGCCAUUGGUGCCCUUCAAGAAGCAGCCGAAGCCUAUCUUGUUGGACUAUUCGAAGAUACAAACUUGUGUGCUAUCCACGCGAAACGAGUUACCAUUAUGCCAAAAGAUAUUCAACUUGCUCGACGAAUCCGUGGUGAACGUGCUUAAAAGAAACACUGUACUCAAGUUAAUAUUUCUUACAAUAUGUAUUGUCAUUCGAAUAAUGUCCGUUUAACAUGCAAACUGGUAUUAUUUUAUUCAAAGAAACUUGUAUUAUAGAACUACAUUUUACUCUUAAGACCAGUAAACAAAUAUAACUUUUGUUUAAGUGAGUGAAA